CACACAAAGAGAGAAGUUGGUGACGAGGCUUGUGGCCUGGGGAGGAACCGACAGCCUGUGGGCGACCCUGGGCCCCUCGUCCCACCGCACUGACACCGGCCAGAGCCUGGAUCCCCUUCCCCUGCCAGGAUGCUGCUCCCUCUGCUGCUCCUCCCGUGGGCAUGGGGGGCCCUGGCCGCCUCCCCUCCUGUCCCCCCAGGGUCUCUCACCCUCCGGCUGCUCAAAACCACCGUCUUCCACAACGCCAGUUCUAGCAACAUGGAGGGGAUGGCCCUGCUCGGAGACCUGGAGACCCACUCCAUGGAUUGCAGCACCUGCAGGAUCCGCUUCCUGCAGCCCUGGGCCCACCAGGGCCUGACCCCGAGGCAGUGGCAGGACCUGGAGACAAUGCUCCAUCGCUACCUGUCCAACUUCAUCCUUCUUAUUAACAAAAUUGUUAAGGAUGAAGGAGAGCACUACCCCUUUGUUAUUCAGGUCUCCAUCGGUUGCGAGCUCCACCUCAACGGCACCUCACGGCAAUUCUGUGACUCUGCGGUGAACGGCGAGGAUUUCAUCAGCUUCAACAUGGACUCGGGCACCUGGGUCGCUCAGCGCGGGGAUAAGCUGGCCCUCAAGAAACUGGACUUUCUUAACCAGGAUAAGAGCACGUCUGCCACGGCUCAGUUCCUCCUGAGAACAACGUGUGUCAGUGAACUCCAGAGCUUUGUCCAGUACGGGAAAGAGUCUCUGGCGAGACAAGAGCGGCCGGUCGCCGUGGUGUUUGCCCGAGCGCCUCCCCCAGCCGGGAUCCCCGCGCCGUUACUGCUGGUUUGCCGGGUCACCGGUUUCUACCCCCGGCCCAUCCGCGUGGCCUGGCUGCAGGACGGGGAGGAGGUGGGGCCGGGCUGGCGCCUGAACUCCAGCGGGAUCCUGCCCAACGCGGACCUGACCUAUCAGCUGCGCAGCUCCCUGGCCGUGGGGCCGGGCGACGGGCACAGCUACGCCUGCCGGGUGGAGCACAGCAGCCUGGGGGGCCAGAGCCUGCUGAUCCCCUGGGGGCACAGCAGGCCCUGGGGCCCCGGCCUGGCCGUGGGCAUCACGCUGGGGGCUCUGGCCGUAGCCACCGUGGCCGUGGUGCUGUGGUGGAGAAUACGCAGGGGCCACCGGGACAUCAGACCAGGGGAGUCCAGAGCCUGAGGGGGCGGCACCGGCCCAAGUGUGGGGAUCGGCCCAUCUCUGGGGGCCACGGACCUUGGGGCUGAAUCCGCACCUGGCUCCAGAGCUGAGGGCCCUGAGGCCCCUUCUGGAUCGGGGCACUGGGAGUUCAGGGCCCUGAUUCGGGGAUGGGAUUCUCCUCCCUCUGGGACGUUUAGGACACGUUGGACGCUUGGGAUACAGGAUCCACAUGGAGCCAGCACUAGCCUGUGCCAUUCAGGAAACCCUGCAGGGAGGUGCUGCUCAGCAGGCCCCUCCAGGGGCUACAGGAGCCAGGGCCUGGAUGCAGGGUUCAGGCCCAGCUACAUACACAAAAGGAGAGGGUAAGGUGGGGGCCAUGGGAACCAGGAGGGGAUCCUGGCAGGGCAUUUGGGCUGAGCUGGGGUGCCCGGGAAGCAAGCGGAUUGGCCGUGGGACAUAGGCCCAGCUGCCCUCUGACAACAGAAUGGCCCAUGGGAUGCCAGAGAAGCCGCUCCAAGCCACUGGCUGGGUUGAGCGCUCCUGGGGGCAAGGCCCCUCCAGAGCUGGGUGUGGGGCACCACGGGCUCUGGGGAUAGAUUCUGUUGGUUUGUUCUGUGUCUGCGCGGCACCUAGCACAAGGGGUCCAGUGCAACCCUUCUGCCCAUCAGAGCUGGCAGCCACAAGGCCCGUGUUCAUUAUCUCGGGUUCCCUUUCAAUGCCAAACCGGCUCAAGCCCCCACCCAGUGACCUGCAACAAUUACACACGCACCCCUGGGUGCCUCGAAGAGGCAAUAAUUCCCAUCUCGCAAGCACAGAGUCUGAGUGUAGCAAAAAAAACUUUUAAUAAAAAGAGGGAAAUAAUGGGACAUUAAUUUGGGGAAACACCACAAACAGGGUUUAUAAACAUAUACCAUGAGCAAAAGACCCACCACCAAGUUGGGCAGUGUCCUCUUCCCCUUGGGUUCUUAAGUCCCGCAACCCAAAAGUCCCAUUAAUGUGCCCAUCCCUUCUCUGCACCCCACUCACAGUUGCUGUCCUUUCUCAGUGCAUCCGCAGAGCUCACCUCCCACCUUGGGGAUGGAGGUAAGGAGGCAUCUCACUUGCUCCAGUCUCUGAGGUGCUCUGUUCUGGCCCUCUCCAUCAGCCACCCUCCUGGUCACAUCUCCCUGCCAGCUCACACACACUGGAGAGUCUCUUGCAUCAGAGACACUAUCCAAAAGCAGGUCUAAUACUUAGCCCUAGAUAUUAAUAGCUGUAAUUCUGCAACAUAUAAAACAGCUUUUUAUUGAAUCAAAAUUAAACCUCCUACAUAACUGAGAGACACCCGAUGCCUGUACAAAAGAACUCCUGCUUCCACCACCUCAAUACAAACAUCUAGCUCCACUCUCAAGUCACUAGGCCUUGAACCCUUGUCACCUGCCUAGCAAGUACCAUUGAGUUGGGUGGGGGUGAGUCCCUCAGUCAAAAAAUGACAAGUACAGUUCUGCUGUCCUUGAGUCACACAACCAGGAUAACAACCCUUUAUUACCCCUGCCCCAAUAACAAAGAGACUGGGGAUCCCACACCAGCCAAAAGUGACCGUUAGGCCAGCAAGCCCAUCAUGCUGAGCACCUAGGCAGGGUGGGUGGGCCCAUGCAAUGAGAUCAGCCCCCAAAGUCCUUUUCCACAGCUCACCACCAGACGUAAGCAUGGAGAAAGGGGCCGGGAGGUGGGCGUGAGGACUCCUGGGUUCUAGUCCCAGCUCAGGGAGGGGAGUGGGGUCUAGAGGUUAGAGCAGGGGGGCUGGGAGCCAGGGCCAUCCCUACCAACGGUGCUUCCCUAUCAGGUGGGAGCGGCCCCUCCACGGGGCGGGGUUCUGCGCUCGAGGGCUGUGGGGCUGCAGGGGCAGGAGCUGUGUGGGGGAAGAAGCAGGGCAGGGAGACUCACCUGAGAGGACAGGGGAGCAGGCAGGAGGCGGCAAGAACAGUGGAAACUGCUGGUGAACAGUGCGGUUUGGGGCAACUGCCCCGGGCCCCAGGCUUCGGGGGGCCCUGCAGGGCCCAGGGUGACCAGGGGGGUUAGCAGGCGGGCCUGGCGCCGGCAGCAGGGAUCGGGACCACCCCCGCACUUGCCGAUGGCGGGAAGCGGAGUGACGUGGCUGGGAGCCGGCGGAGUGGAGCAGACUAGGGCAGGGUCGCUCUGCUUCCCACCACCACCGGCGAGUGCGGGGGCGGGCCUGACACCUGCCGCCAGCGCCAGACCCACCGCUAAUCCCCCACCCUGGGCUGCGUCACUCAGGGGAGGAGGCUUGGGGGACGGGGUGGGGUGAGGGUGGGGCAGAGGCAGGAAGAGAUGGGCGGGGCAGAGCAGGGGUGGGGACUUAGGGGAAGGGGUGGCGUGGGGGUGGGGAGGAGCAGGGGCAGAGGGCGAGUUGUCCUGAGCCCCGCAGCCCCCUAGUGAUGGCCCUUGCAGUGGGCGCAGCCUGUGGCGGGGCCGGCCGGGGGAUAGGGCUGGCCACCAGAGCCACUGCUGCCACAUACGCAGCACACAGCUGCCUAGGACAACACGAAAUUCGGGGCAAUUUGGGGCCCCAGAUUUCCUGGUGUCCUACGCAGCUGCAUAUUCUGCGAAUGCCUAGGGAUGGCCCUGCUGGGAGCCAGGACUUCUGGGCUCUAUCCUCAGCUGUAGGAGGAGAGUGGAGAUCCUGUAAUAAAACCUGCUCAAUGAAUGGAAACAACUCUUAAUUAUGUAUUGCCAUCUGCAUGACACGGCUGGACCCUCCCACCAGGGCCUACUGGGGUCCCCACAGUCACCACUUGGAGUGUAAUCAGCCCUGGCUGUGAGGAUCCCGGAGCCCCAGAUGCCUCAUUCCUUGCACCUUGGAUCAGAGGCUCCCAAAGCUUCCCCGAAGGCAGCAGAGUCAGUGGGAGGGUAUGUGGGGCUCAGCUUGGGCAGGGAAAGGGUUAACACAGGAGGGGUUGCCCCUGAGCUUUGCUGGGACUGUAAGGUAUCAGGAGAAAGGUUAUGAUCUGCCAGAAGUCACAGUUCUGUCUAGAUAUGUAUAUCCUCAAUGCGUAUGAAAUGACAAGAAUUGUACGGUUUUCACUGAAACAUGCUGUAAAUUGGGGAAUCAGCCAGAUAUUAGCUCCCCCAGAGGCAACAGCAAGGAAAGUGACCAACGCCCAAGCAGGGUGUGAAACAACCAUCCACAGCCGUUGUCCAGCAAGGGAGCAACAAUGCAAUGACUCACCUGCCUGAGGCCACACCAGGGGAAUUGCUCAGCCUGACCUUGGAGACUCACUAUUGCUCCCAGACAUGCCUGGACUUGUGCUCCCCAAGCACGUGAGACUGAGGGUAUAAAAUAGAGACUGUGUCCAGAAGGGGCCUUUCUCCUUCACCCACCUACACUGCAAGCAACAAGGACACUGAAGACUUGAGACUCCAAAGACUGGCUCAGAUUUCAGUCUGUAUCCUAUGGACUGCAAUAUCCAGUGGGGUGAGAAAAACGGCUUCAUCUAGUUGUUGCCCCAUCUAUGAGGGUUGAGAGUUCAGACUGUGUGCUUAGGUGUUUAUUUCUUUUGGUAACUAACUCUGACUUUUUGCCUAUCACUUAAUACCACUUAAAAUCUAUAUUUUAUAGUCAAUAAACUUGUUGACCUGUUUAACUUUA